AUGGAGCGACCCGUCAACUCUGUUGCCCAGUUCCUGCUGCUGGGCGUGGUUCAUGCCAGUAUCUUCGCUGGCGUGGUUGUGUACACGCCGAGGAAGGCCUCGCUUCUUCGUCUCGCUGCCGCGCUCCCGCUUGCUGUGCUGACGCGUUGCAUUUACCUUUCCGGCGCCCGCUUCUUCACCAGCACUCAGCUGAGGGUUCUGGGGCCGCUGAUAUGGAAUCACUACCUGAGCCUUGUCGAUCUCAUGCUCAUCACUCGCGUUGAUGCAGCUGAGCUGGCUCGACUCGCUCGGCACCGGGGGCCAGCUCAGCCGCUGUGGGAAGCCCUCCGCCUCUUCUUCAAUCUGCGCCGAAUCAACACUAAGUGGGAGGUGAGAGGUGUUUCCAGGCCCAGCAAGCCGCAGGGCCGUGUUCAAUUUGUGGCCUGGGCCGCCCUCAAGACCCUUCUGACCUCGACCGCCAUCGACGCUAUCCUGAGAUUGCCGCCCAAGCCUGAGCCGCAUCUGAUGGCACCGGGCAAGGAGACGCUCUAUGCCUUUUGGAAUCUUUCUGCGGAAGACGCGAUUGUUCGGCUCAGUGUAGUCCUGUUGUUCGCCGUCGUUGCCAGCCUAUCUGCAACUUGCAUGUAUUACUUGGCUGCUACGAUAAUGGUGGCAACCGGCAUGAGCGAACCCGAUUCGUGGCCGCCGAUCUUUGGCCCAAUAGCAUCUGCCCAUACAGUUCGCGGGUUGUGGAGUCAAUGCUGGCAUCAAUUGCUGAGAAAUUCUGUCUCCGUUCAUGGGAACUUCAUUUCGGAUAGGAUCUUGUCUCUUCAACAUGGCACCUUUCUUUCUCGGUUCGCCCGUCUCUUCUUCCCUUUCUUGGUAAGUGGCGCGCUUCAUUGGGUUAUGGAAGUCGAGAUGGAUGGCCUUGAGAAAGGUCGUUUUGGGGUAGUCACAUUUUUUCUUCUCCAACCACUGGGAAUCAUGCUGGAGGGGGCCAUCCAAGCCUUGGUUGGUCAAAGUCUGCCUAAAAGCCUGCGGUAUGUGAUUGGAUAUACUUGGGUGGCAGCUUGGUUCUGGUGGUCGAUGGCUCCUUUCGGCUACGAACAGUAUAGGACAAACCCCCCUCCUGAUAUGGCUCCCAUCCCGGUGGUCUACUUCGCCCAGCAGUGGUUUGGCAAAUCGAACAAGUAA